CUUCCUCCUGUGGUGACACUGUAAUCCAGUCCAAACCAGUUUAACGUGAAGGUGAAAUCUUUAGUGUUCUUUUACUGCAGAGAACAUAAACAGCAACAGGAGAGGAAAUACAGAGGAUUCAGUGUGAUCUGAAGGAGGAGAGAUGACCUCCAAAAUGAGUCUCUCUGAGGAACAGGACACACAGGAAGCUGAGAGACUGAAUCAGGGUGAGAGAUCUGACUCACCUGCACCCAGCUGUGUGUCCAUGAAGAGUGACCAGUCAGAGGACAGAUUAAUAGGGUUCAGAGAGGAUAAUAAAUCUACUGAUCUCAGCAGAGUCCAGGAGGAGAAACCAGACACUACCAGAAAGAUGGAGUCAGUGAUCAAGGAGCUGGAGCACAAAGUCAUCUCUCUGGUAAAGAAUCAGCUGAAGAGGUUUGUGAAGCUCCUGAAUCUGGAUUACCCAGAAUGCUCUGAGAGAGAGGUGGAGGAUGAGGAGGAUCAGAGUGUCAGAGAGGGGGCGCUGAAGAUCACACUGCAUGUCCUGAGGAACAUGAACCAGACAGACCUCGCUAACAAACUACAGACCAAACUUCCUUCUUCCUGUCAUAAAAAGCUCAAAUCCACACUGAGCGAAAAAUGUCAGAAAAUUAAUGAAGGAAUUUCGAAUCCUGGAACCUCAACACUUCUGAAUGAGAUCUGCACAGAGCUGUACAUCACAGAGGGCGGGAGUGGAGAGGUCAAUACAGAACAUGAGGUCAGACAGAUUGAAACAGCAUCCAGGAGACCAGCAACACAGGAGACGCCCAUCAAAUGCAACGACAUCUUUAAAGACAAACCCAUCAGAACUGUGCUGACUAAAGGAGUCGCUGGAAUUGGAAAAACAGUCUCUGUGCAGAAGUUCAUUCUGGACUGGGCUGAAGGAAAAGCCAAUCAGGAUGUUCUCUUCAUAUUUCCACUUCCUUUUAGGGAGCUCAAUUUGACGAAGAAAAAGCUCAGUCUUUUAGCUCUUCUUCAUCAUUUUUUUACAGACAUAAAAAAAUUAAAACACGGAGAUUAUUAUAACUAUAAAGUCAUGUUCAUCUUUGAUGGUCUGGAUGAAUGUCGGCUUCCUCUAGAUUUCCAGAACAAUGAGAGUGUAUUUGAUGUCAGACAGUCAGCUUCAGUGGAUGUGCUGCUGACUAACCUCAUCAAGGGGAAUCUGCUUCCCUCUGCUCUCCUAUGGAUAACUACUCGACCAGCAGCAGCCAGUCAGAUCCCUCCUGACUGUAUUAACGAGGUAACAGAGGUACGAGGGUUCAGUGACCCUCAGAAAGAGGAAUACUUCAGGAAAAGGAUCAGUGAUCAGAGCCUUGCUGAAAGAAUCAUUACACACACGAAGUCCUCAAGAAGCCUCUACAUCAUGUGCCACAUCCCAGUCUUCUGCUGGAUUGCAGCCACUGUUCUAGAGAGGAUGUUGGGUGAAGCAGAGAGUGGAGAGAUCCCCAAGACUCUGACUCAAAUGUUCACACACUUCCUGAUCUUUCAGAUCAAACACAGCAGCCAAAAGUACCAAAGAAAAAGUGACCUUGAUCAUAAACAGACUAGAAAGAUGAUUCUGGCACUGGGAAAACUGGCUUUCCAACAGCUGGAAAAAGGAAACCUGAUCUUCUAUGAGGAAGACCUGAGAGAGUGUGGCAUUGAUGUCAGAGAAGUGUCAGUGUACUCAGGAGUGUGUACUCAGAUCUUCAGAGAGGAGUUUGGGCUGCACCUGGGGAAGGUUUUCAGCUUUGUGCAUCUGAGUGUUCAGGAGUUUCUGGCUGCUUUAUAUGCAUUUCUUUACUUCAUCUCAAAGAAAGAAAAUGUAGUACCUGGAUUGGAAGAUUUGUUCAGAAAGUCAACCAUGUCUGAUUUCCUCAAGACUGCAGUGGACAAGGCCUUACAGAGUGAGAAUGGACACCUGGAUCUUUUCCUCCGCUUUCUUCUGGGUCUCUCACUGGAGUCCAGUCAGACUCUCUUACGAGGUCUACUGACACAGACAGAAUACAGCUCUCAGAGCACAAAAGAAAUAGUCCAGUACAUCAAGGAGAAGAUCAGAGAGAAUCCAUCGCCAGAGAAAACAAUCAGUCUGUUUCACUGUCUGAAUGAACUGAAUGAUCAUUCUCUACUGCAGGAAGUUCAAACAUACCUGAACAGAGGAGGUUCCAGUGGUCUCAGUGGAGCUAAGCUCUCUCCUGCUCAGUGGUCAGCUGUGGCGUUUGUGAUGCUGAAUUCAGAAGAGGAGCUGGAUGAGUUUGACCUGAGCAAAUUUGACAAAUCAGAGGAAUGUCUUCUGAGGCUGCUGCCAGUGGCCAAAGCAUCCAGAAAAGUUGUGCUGUGGAGGUGUGAUCUCACAGAGAAAAGCUGUGCAGUUCUGUCCUCAGCUCUCAGCUCAAAUUACUCAAGUCUGAGAGAACUGGACAUGAGUGGGAAUAAACUGCAGGAUUCAGGAGUGAAGCUGCUCUCUGCUGGACUGAAGAGUCCACACUGUAAACUGGAGAAACUGGAGCUGUAUAACUGUAAUCUCACAGAGAAAAGCUGUGCAGUUCUGUCCUCAGCUCUCAGUUCAAACUCUUCAACUCUGAGAGAACUGAACCUGAGUGGGAAUAAACUGCAGGAUUCAGGAGUGAAGCUGCUCUCUGCUGGACUGAAGAAUCCACACUGUAAACUGGAGAAACUGGGCCUGUAUAACUGCAGUAUUACAGAAGAAGGCUGUGCUGCUCUGUUUUCAGCUCUGAAAUCAAACCCCUCACACCUGAGAGAGCUCAAUCUACUCUCCAAUAAACCAGGAGAGUCAGGAGUGAAGCUGCUCUCUGAUCUACUGAAGGAUCCACACUGUAAACUGGAGAAACUAAAGAUCUGAACCAACAAACACCUGACCUGGUCUGAGUCUCACACACACUGGGGGUCAUGAGGAGAGGAUGAAGUCUUAUAGAACACACACACACACACACACACACAGUGUGUGAUUCUACAUGGUAAUGUGUGUGUUUUCGGUCUUUAUUGGUCAAAUCUGUGAACACGGCUGCGGCACAGAGCUGUGUGUUCAUCAGUUCCUUCUGUGGCUGUAUAGAAGCUUCUAAACACCUGCUUUAAAAAUGUACAUAAGAGUUUAAGACAGAUUGGGCUGUUAAGCAGCUUGAAUAGGUGAACUAAACAGUAACAGAUCAAUAUCAGAGAAAUGAAGAGCUUUUUAAAUAUAACAUCAUUGACGUACAUAGAAUGUAGUUUUUGUCUGUCAGAAACUGAAGACUUUCAGUCGUGAUGUUCAGUUUCAGAUGAUACUUCCUCACUACUGAAGGUCCCUGAAAUGUAGGGCCGCCCUUUUUGCCAUGUGGACGUCUUAGCUUUGACUAAGAGUCUGAAAAUGGUGCCUCUGGACGUAGAUUGGACUGGAUCAGGCAAAUAAACCAUAUUCUAUUUUUCCAUAAGAUGUUAUUUUAUUACAUAUUGCUUCUGUUAUGCCAGAUUCCUGUGAUUAUCUUGAUUAUGAAUAAUAGUCAUGUCAUGUAGAGUUUAAUUCCAGUGUCAUUUGUGUCAGUAGAAAUAUUUAAUUACAAUAAAAUACACAGACUGAUUCUUA